UUUACUCGAACAUGGAGUUAUUGAUUACAUUCAAUAGAAUAAUUAUAGCCAUGUUAACAUGGGCAUUCGAUGCAACAACAUAUGCAAAUGACUAUAACAUCUGUGAUGAAAAAAAUUUUUGCAUAUUCAACUCAACAGAAUGGUUUGAGCCUCGUAACAAAUCUGGUUUCGUUCUAAUAGGUACCGCUCUGAUACUGGCACUCUUCAUUAUACUCAUCAAAGCGCUUCAUACCGCGUCUACAUGGAAUACCAUCAUCAUGGUCCUAACCUUGAUUAUAAUGGUUACCGGUGUUGGAUUAUUGACUUUAUGUGGCUCGUGGAAAGAACAGGUUUUUGCAGCAAUUGUACCAUUCGUAGUAAUGAUCUUGGCUGUCAUAUUGGGUGAAAGAAUGAAAGGUUCAGCAGCAAAAUGGAGAAAACUGUUAUUUUUUGUUUGCUGUGUAUUGUUGACACUUGGAAUCGCCUGCAGCAUUAUAUGUAUCAUCUGCAAGAAUUUGGGUAUGAUGAUAUUUUCUUUUCUAACGGAGAUUAAAUGGUGUGAUAGAACGUUUAUUAUUGCAUUUUUCGUUUUGUCAGCCAUUUGUUGGUGCGAGGCAAUGUUUAUCGUAAUUGCAUUGACAACAUAUUAUUUAAUGAGAAACAUCAAAAAGGAAGAUUACUCAUCGAUUUAUAUGACUUUUAUAUUCGCGUUUGAAUAUCUGAUACUUGUGAUUCUUUCGAAAUUACAUAUCAAUUAUUUCUUGUAUUGUAUUCCUGAAAUCGUGCUGUCUAUUUGGAAGAAAUUAUGAAAAAUGAUUACUACUUGUUCGCUAUUCAAAAAUACAUUGAUCUAUUAAAACGUUUUCCUGAUUGUUUUUUACAUAAUUUGUUACGUGUGAUCACAAACAAUAAUCAGAUUGAUUUGUAAUCGGUGUCCCCUCAGAACUCUAUUGCAAGUUAUUAUUCAUAAUACAGUAAUUAUGGCAUUCAUUGUUUACUUCAUUGCUGUGUUUUUUUAAUCUGAAAUGCGG